AAAUAUAUUAUUUCUGCUUUGUUGUGCUUGGUAAAAGUUGAAAGUGCAUAUAUAUUUUUGUGUUUUUUCCGCAGUAUGACUGUGGUCUUCUCAUAAAAUAAAAUUUUUUAGUGAUUGAGAUAUUAGCAAAGUCAUGACUUCACUAGAGCCUGCACAAAAUAAGACUUGGGAUUUAUCGUUGUACGAACUGCAACGUAAUCCGCAAGAAAUCAUUACUGACAAUACUGAGAUCGCAGUUUCACCGCGAAGCCUUCACAGCGAAUUGAUGUGCCCGAUUUGUUUGGAUAUGCUGAAAAAGACAAUGACUACAAAGGAAUGCCUACAUAGGUUCUGUUCGGAUUGUAUUAUUACCGCACUGCGUUCAGGUAACAAGGAAUGCCCAACCUGUCGUAAGAAACUUGUUUCAAAGCGUUCACUGCGGCCUGACCCAAAUUUCGACCUUCUAAUAUCGAAAAUAUAUCCUAGUCGCGAAGAGUACGAAGCCAUUCAGGAGAAGGUUAUGGCCAAAUUUAAUCAAACCCAGUCACAACAAGCACUAGUAAAUUCCAUAAAUGAGGGCAUUAAAUUACAAUCUCAAAAUCGGCCACAACGGUUCCGUGCCAAAGGUUGUGGUGGUCGCAAUGGCGGUGGCAAUGGGAAUCACAAUUCAGCUAAUGCGAACAACUCGAAUAAUGAAGGCGCUACAAAUGGUAAUGAUAGUGAUAAUCGCGAAAGUGGAAAUGUGCCACAGCCUGCGGCCGCUGCACUUUCAACACAUUCCAGCACCUCAGCGGCGGCAGCAUCAGUGUCGGGUAGCACUGCUAGCACUAGUCGAAUGCAACACGAUGAUGGUGGCUCAAAUCCACCGUCCAUGCGUAGCACCCCAUCACCAGUACCAUCGAACUCGAGCAGCUCGAAACCUAAACGCGCCAUGUCAGUACUGACAUCGGAACGUUCUGAAGAAUCUGAAUCUGACUCACAGAUGGAUUGUCGCACAGAAGGGGAUUCCAAUAUCGAUACUGAGGGCGAGGGUACCGGUGAGCUCGGAAUAAAUGAUGAAAUAGAGUUGGUAUUUAAACCGCAUCCGACGGAAAUGGCAGGCGAUAAUCAAUUGAUGAAAGCUUUGAAAGAAAACUGUAUACGCUAUAUUAAAACAACUGCGAAUGCUACAGUGGAUCAUUUGAGCAAAUAUCUAGCUAUGCGUUUGACAUUGGAUUUGGGAGCAGAACUUCCAGAAACAUAUCGUAUGCUGAAUUUUUGCAUUUAUAUAGCACCCCAACCCCAGCAACUGGUCAUAUUAAAUGGUAAUCAGACGCUACAUCAAGUAAAUGACAAGUUCUGGAAGGUAUCGAAAGUAAACAAACCGAUGGAGAUGUAUUAUUCGUGGAAAAAAUCUUAAGAAAUUUGAUGGAUUUCCAAUUUCUUUCGUAAACUAAGUUAUUGCAAAAAGCGUAAGAGCAUACAAAUUUAUAGUUUCCCGGGUUAAAAUGUUUUUAAUUUUGACGGCUAUACUUUAUUAAAAUAAUUAAUAUCGGCUAUACUUUAAUAAAAAACGCACGCAUA